CAGCGUGUAGUCUAUACUGAGAAGAGCGGGAACUGGCUUUUGACAGCCGACAGUGGACGUCUUUGGAGAGAGAAUUUCAUCGCUGCGCUCUUUUGAUCCGCUUUCUUUCUAAAGUUUAUCAGUCUGCUGCGUCCUCUCCAUCUCUGCCAGCUCAUCUUCUGAAUUUCUCGGACUCAAAUUAUCCAUUCUAGCUGCAGAGAUGUGGAACUGUGCAUGGUUAUCCCUGUUGCUGUUGCCUGUGAUUUCUGUUCUGGUCGGAGUUACCGGUUUUAAUUUGGAUACCGAGAAACCUUCAGUUUACAGCGGACCCGAGGGGAGUUAUUUUGGCUAUUCUGUUGACUUCUAUCGACCGAACCCGGAUAAAAACGUUAUGACUGUGUUGGUCGGGGCACCGAAAGCAAACACCACCCAGCCGGGAAUUGUGGAGGGGGGAGCUGUGUACUAUUGCCCUUGGCCGGCAAGCGACGCCGACUCCUGCCGCCAGAUUCCGUUUGAUAAAGCAAAUAACAGGAUGAUAAAGGUGAAUGGGACUCGGGAGCCUCUGGAGUUUAAGUCCCACCAGUGGUUUGGGGCGACCGUCCGCACACACCGAGGCAAAGUGGUGGCCUGCGCUCCUCUGUAUCACUGGCGGACGGUGAAGGUGGGUGGAGAGAUGGACCCAGUGGGCACCUGCUACAUCGCCAUCCAGAACUUCAGUGCCUACGCUGAGUACUCCCCCUGCAGAAGCAAUAAUCCGGACCCUGAGGGCCAGGGAUUCUGCCAGGCGGGGUUCAGCGUGGACUUCACCAAGGAUGGCACUUUGGUGGUAGGCGGUCCUGGCAGUUUUUACUGGCAAGGUCAGGUCAUCACCGUGGGGGUGGCUGAGAUUCUAAACGGUUACUCUCUGAAGGCGAUCCUGAGGAAAGUGGAAGGAGAAAAGCAGACAGGCGCAGCUGCGGACACCUAUGAUGACAGUUACCUGGGAUAUUCAGUGGCAGUUGGGGAGUUCACAGGGGACUCUGAGCAAGAACUUGUUGCUGGUGUACCAAGAGGAGCUCAGAAUUUUGGAUAUGUGGCUGUCAUAAGCUCCUCAGAUUUAAGCUUUAUACAUAAUUUCACUGGAGAACAGAUGGCCUCCUAUUUUGGCUACACAGUGGCAGUGACUGAUGUCAAUGGUGAUGGACUGGACGAUGUGUUGGUGGGGGCUCCGCUCUACAUGGAGCGUGAGCUGGAGAGCAGCCCGCGGGAGGUGGGCCGGAUCUACAUCUACCUGCAGACACGCCCCCUGCUGUUUGCCCCGCCCACCCUGCUGACCGGCACACACCUGUUGAAUCGCCUGCGUGUGUGUGUGUGUCCGCUGGGAGACAUCAACCAGGACGGCUAUCAGGACGUGGCGGUGGGUGCUCCGUUCGGCGGUGCGGAGCGUGGUGGCUGCGUGUUCAUCUUUCUUGGCCCCAGGGUCUGCAUCAGAGGCCCUAGUGCCCUGACCGGCUCCCUGGGGUCCAGUUCAGCCCCCGGCCGGCUCCGCUCUUGUGACCAGCGUGUCGACAACAACCAGUACCCAGACCUUAUUGUUGGGGCCUUUGGUGUUGACAAAACUGUAGUCUACAGGUCGAGGCCCGUGGUGAGUGUGGAUGCCCAGCUCGUCCUCACUCCAAGAGUCCUCAACCCAGACGAGAAGACAUGCCAUCUGCCGGACUCGGACACCAUGGCAACCUGCUUCAGAGUGGAUGUGUGUAUGCAGAUCUCCGGAAUGGGCAUCCCAGAGACAGUAGUGCUGCAGGCCGAGCUGCAGUUGGACUGGCUGAAGCAGAGAGGUGGAGUGAAGAGGGUUCUGUUCAGGGACUCCAGGCUUCCCCAGCUCAGACAGAGCAUCACCCUGGGCCAGCAGGACAAGCAGCACUGCCUCAACUACACUGUCUUCCUGCGGGAAGAGGAGGAGUUUCGAGAUAAGUUAACGCCCAUCAGCGUGGCUCUGAACUACAGUCUUGACCAAAGCUCCGCCUACCCUGGCCUGUCGCUCCGCCCAGUUCUGGACCAUUACAGCAAGACAUUCCACCAGGACCAGGCUAACAUUCUGCUCGACUGUGGAGAGGACAACAUGUGCAUCCCAGACCUCAAGCUCUCUGCUGUGAUGGAUCGGGAGGAAUUGGUGAUAGGUGAUGACAAUCCGCUCAUGCUGACAAUAAACUCAGCCAAUCACGGAGAAGGAGCGUAUGAGGCGGAGCUUCACGUGUUCCUCCCCCCUGAGGCGGACUAUGUCGGAGUAGAGCGGAGACGAGAGGACUUGCAGAGGCUGAACUGUGAGCACCGCGUGGAGAAUGACACCAGGGUGGUGGUGUGUGACCUUGGCAACCCCAUGGUAGCAGGAACUAAUUUGUUUGUUGGCCUGCGGUUCACAGUACAGAGACUGGAUGAUGCUGGUCCUCACAUCAGCUUUGAGUUACAGAUUCACAGCUCCAAUAAAGACAACUCCCGGAGUAACUCCGUCAGUCUGACCCUCAGUGUUGCGGCCAGAGCUCAGGUGGACAUCAGAGGUGUAUCGCGUCCAGCACAGAUUGUCUUGCCCUUACCCAACUGGAAACCAAAAGAAAAGCCUGUGAAAGAAGAUGAUGUCGGCCAACUGGUGCAGCACAUCUAUGAGAUCCAUAAUUAUGGGCCUAGUUCUCUAAGUCGCUCUUUACUCGAAGUGGGCUGGCCGGCUCGUUUCCGUGAUGAGCAUCUCCUCUAUGCCCUGCAGAUCCUCACUGAAGGACCAGUCCACUGCAACACCAACAACACACUUAACCCACUGCAGCUGGAGACGUCGUCCACUCUGCAGGACACCCCUGAGCUGCUGGGCUUCCUGAAGAACACCAGCACUGACCGCAGUCUCCGACGCCACAGGAGAUCAACAAGCACGGGUCACAGUAGCAAGACUCUGAACUGCUCCACGGUGACGUGUCAGAGUGUGGAGUGCAUCGUGGGCCGACUGGACCGGGGCCAGAGCGCCGUGGUGAAGAUCCGCUCACGACUCUGGGCCAGCACCUUUAUCGAGAGGCAGAACAUCCCCUACGUACUCAACUCCAGUGUGUCCCUACGUGCUCUCAGCAUGCCCUACAGAGUGCAGCCCACACUGCCCCAGCACAGCAAAUCGAUCGGGACGUUUGUGGUAUGGGCCAUUCCUGAUGUGUCCUUUGCCAUUCCUCUCUGGGUGAUUAUACUGGCCAUACUACUGGGCCUGCUGGUGCUGGCUAUGCUCACAGUGGCCAUGUGGAAGUGCGGAUUCUUCGACCGGGCACGGCCGCCAAAAGACGACGACGUGUCAGACCGGGAACAGCUCACAGGAGACAAGUCCACAGAUGCGUGAGAAAAGCUGUCUGAGAAUGUGUGUGUGAAAAGGAGGAAGGGAGAGAGAGAGAGAGAGAGAAAGAGAGCACUUGAAAGACUCGAAAUAACAUCUUCACUCUCCGAUGACCUGCCAACAAACCCCCACAACCCCCAUCUCUCUUAAAAAACUGCAAAUCCGACAUUGCACUUGAGCAGCCAUCAGAUGACCAAUCACCUCACUUCUCUCUUGUGCUUGCUGGAGCAUCCUGUCCCUCUCUAUGCCAUUGGGGGCAUGAAGAUGAUGACCAAUUAACAUCCACCAUUGUAGGGAACAGGCUUUUUCACCACUGGACUUUAAGUAUCAGGCGUGACUAUUGGACUUAAGAAAUAUGAGGCCACCAGUUUGUAUGCAGACGUGAAGAUGCAAGAAAUAAGCCUAGUGGACUGUCGUUCCUCUUCAACCGGACCAGUGACCAGUCUUUGCAUUUACCCCACAUUCAUGCUGUCUCUCUUCACUGUGGUCCCAGCUACCUGCUUUCCUGCAGUUACUUGUGACAUCGCCCUCUACUGGUCAGAGUCCGAAUAGCAGCACUGCAGAGACCAAUGAGGAACUGCUGCAGAGCAGCCUUUGUAGCUUAUGUCCCUGUGUGAAGCCCUGUGUGACACUAGUGGUGGAUGGUCAAGCAGGGCAGAUUUCCUCCUUUCUGACAAAUUAGUUGCCUUAAUGACACAGAAUCUGAACUCUGAACUUUACAGGAUGACUCUGAUGAUGAGUGUGUCUAGUAUAGUCCUGCACAGUGACUGUUUCACCUGUACCCUGUAAUGAAUGCCUUUGUGGCCUUGAUGGCCACCGUCCACUCCACACUUAAACAGUCAUACACAGACACGUGCACACACACACACACACACACACACACACACACACACACAUACACACACACACACAUAGACACACACACACACACAUAUACACAAACACACACACACAUAGACACACAGAUACAUUUCAACACACGUGUACAGAACACUCAGGAAGCAAAUUGCUUGGUUUUAUGUGUCUGUCUGACUUGACGUCAGAAUGAAUGUGUUGCAUGCCUCCCUUUUUAAUCCAAUCAGAAUCAUUUAACAUCUAUUUGCCUUAAUAACUCCACAUAGGGUUGUGUAUUAUAACAGACGUGUUUGCAAAAUAUUCCCUUUUUUCACAGUGAGAAGAUUGCUUUUAAUAUUUAAAUGUUGAUCAUUCAUUGGCCAUGAUCCAGAGGUUGUGUAGGUAAAUGAACUAUUCCAGCUGUUUGUAGCUGAGCAGAAAUGACUAAAUUUCAAUAUAUAUUAUCGAUAAGUGCAAUAUUGUGAUAACUUGGAUGGAUGGAUGGAUGAAGGGGCCUUUAACACUGGGAUAUUUUAUUUGUGCUUGAAGUGAAUAAAUAAGAAUAUAGACUUGUGUGUGCAUACGUAUGUGAGUGAGUAUGGAUGUAUGUAUGUCUAUGAGAAAGAGUGUGUGUUGGUUCAAUGAGAGUGAGUCCGGCUUGGUUCCUGGCUCGUCUUCUGUAGAUAGAUACUGUUAAAAAGGGAGUGGUCUGUGAAAACACACAUGACUGUCUCAAGCUGGACUUCAGAGGGGAUAUUUAUUUCAUCUUAAAAUGAUUAAAAGAAAAACACCCGCUUUGAAUUAUCUCCCUUCUGUACUUUUGGCCAUUUUAAGAUUUUAAAUCCCAAUUCUAUUUCUAAUUCUAAUUUCUAAUGUCUAUUCUCACACACUUUUCGUCUGAUAUUUUGCCUGUUUAUUGUAUUGUAACACGUUUCUUUUGAGUUUGCUGGCAUUGCUGGACAGAAUGUCUAUCGAAAUAAAGUCAUUUGAAAUUGCAAA